AUGACUGGUGGUUCGCUGCUUGGUUCACUCUUUUCCUCGUGGACAAGUGACCGAUAUGGUCGUCGUGACUCGAUGUUUAUUGCGUGUAUCUUGUGGUUGAUUGGCUCGACUUUGAUGAGCGCAGUGCAAAAUGUCGCCAUGCUGAUUGUCUCGCGAAUUAUAAAUGGCUUCGCAGUUGGAAUACUUACCAGUCAAGGUCCGAUUUUGAUUGCCGAAAUCAGUCUUCCACAGCAGCGUGGUAGGCUCCUCAGCUUGCAACAGUGGAUGAUUACUUGGGCCUAUGCGUCAUUACGUCUUCCUUGGGGUCUCCAAAUGAUUCCAGGUAUCAUCCUCAUGGUCUGUUUGCCCAUGAUGCCUAGAUCCCCUCGCUGGCUAGCCACUCAAGACCGGUGGGAGGAAGCUGUGGAUGUUCUUGCACGACUACACGGGAAGGGUAAUACCCUUGAUCCGCUCGUCGUUGCGCAAGCCACCGAAAUUCGCGAAAAACUUGAGCUCGAGCGGCAAUACCAGAGCACCGCCUGGUCCGAACUGUUUAAUUCCCGAAAUAUCGUUCGCGUGCACUGCGGCAUUUUCACACAUAUUUGGUCUCAGCUGAGCGGAACAAACGCCAUGAUGUACUACAUCGUGUAUAUUUUCCAGAUGGCUGGUCUGUCGGGCAACAAUGCCCUCCUGUCCGCGACAAUCCAAUACAUCAUCAAUGUGGUCAUGACACUCUCUGCACUACUCUUCAUGGAUCGUCUCCCACGCCGCCGCCUAUUCAUUGCAGGUGCUCUUGGCAUGUCUCUUCUUCAGUUCAUCCAAGGAGCCCUCAUGAAAUCAUUCGGCGAGGCCGUUCCCGGAGGUCUUAAGGGCUCUCCCACGGUUACGUGGAGGGUGACUGAUGGAAGAGCGUCAAAGGCAACCAUCGCCUGUUCGUACCUGUUUAUUGCUGUCUAUGCGCCUAGUCGGGGACCUCUAGGAUGGGCCUAUCCUCCCGAGAUUAUCCCUCUGUAUAUCCGCAGCAAAUCAGUCUCUCGGGCGACAUUCUUCAACUGGGUCUGCAAUUUCGCGCUGACAUUCUUCUCUCCUCCUGGAUUCCAACAUAUCCAAUACAAGUCUAGAAGGGUGGCGACAGAUUGA